GAUCUGAAGUCUUCUCUGGCUGUCAUUCAAGCUUUUUGUUUAGUCUAAAUAAAACAACUUCCCCAUUACCCCUCCUUCCCUUCCACUCUUCUCCUUCUUCUUCCAUCUUCUUCUUCUUGUCUCUCUCUCUCUUCAUCUCUGCAAGAAAGAUCAAAUUUUUAAUCUCCUUUUGUUGCCUCCUCUGUACAUACUCAAAACAAACGCAAAACUCCACCACCCAUGGCGCCCAACAAAUUCGCCACCAUCUUGCACAGAAACUCCAACAAGAUCACGCUUAUUUUAGUCUACGCCUUCCUCGAAUGGGUUUUGAUCCUUCUUCUUCUUCUUCACGGCCUUUUCUCUUACCUGAUUGUCAAAUUUGCAGAGUUGUUCGGGCUGAAGCGGCCGUGUCUAUGGUGUUCGAGGGUGGACCAUGUUUUCGAGCCCCGGAGGGGGAGAUCGUACAGGGAUCUUCUCUGUGAAGCUCAUGCCAUGGAGAUUUCUAAUCUGGGUUACUGUUCCAAUCACCGGAAACUCACUGAGUUUCAAGAUUUGUGCGAGGAUUGCUCGUCCUCUGAUUCCAAGUCCGAGGAGUUCUAUCAGAUUCCCAAGAGUUUUCCCUUUUUCGGCGAUGAGAAGGGGAAUUCCAGGCUCUGUUCUUGCUGUGGGGAGAGCUUGAAGAAUCGGUUGUUCUCGCCUUGUAUUCUGAUUAAGCCGAAUUGGGGGGAUUUGGAUUAUGCCCAGAAGGGGAAUUUGGUUUCUGAUGAGGAAAUUGAUGCUCAAUCGCCGGAAGAUGUCAUCGGAAACCGGGAAAUCUCCAUUGUUUCCGGCGGGGAAGAAGCAGAGAAGAACUCCACGUGCUCUGUUUGUGGCUGUGGAUGCAAAGAGGGGGUUGUUCAUGAGGAGGAGGAUGAUGAUGAUAAAGUUGAAAUGGCUGCUGAAAAAGAAGGGGAUUUUCUUGAAUUAACUGAAGAUCUGGGCUCUUGUGAUCAGAAAGCAGUUCAAGUUGGAUACGAGAAAGAGGAGGAAUCAGCUGAAACAGCCCCUCAUCAUCUUGAGUUCUACAUUGACCGGGGCGACGACCGGCGGCUGAUUCCGGUCGAUUUGAUCGAUUUUUCGGCCGACAACGACGACGAGGGUCAAAAUGAAAUGAAAGAAGAUGAAGAGCAAGAAGAAGAGGAUUGUGGGAAUGAAGAUGUUGUUUUGGAUUUUGGCUCCCACUUUGAGAAUCAGCUGAGUCGAAGUGUAACAGAGGAUUGGGAAGUUGUUUCAGGAGAGAGAUUAGCAGAGUUUCUCUCUGUUUCACUCCAUGAGAGGGAAGAGAAAGUUGCUGAGGUGGAAGCCAUGGAUGUGGAGGAGAGCAGCAGAAGGCCCUCUGGUGUGACCUCAGAUGAAGAUCCAUCAAUGGAAGAAGAAGUAGAAGAACAAGAAGAACAAGAAGAAGCUAAAGCUGCCAUUGAUGAAGAAACUCAAGCUCCAGCUAUUGACGGUGUUCAAAAAGAAGACCUUGAAGAAGUAGAAAUGGCAACAAGAGAGCCAGAUUCAGAUCUUCAUCAAGAUUUACACAUGUGGAAUGAUGAACCUGAAGUAGAAGUAGAGAUUUCAAUUGGGACGGAGAUUCCCGACCACGAACCGAUCGAUGAGAUUCAAACUCAAAAUGACCUUCCUUCGCUACCCCAUGUACAAGAAGAACCUUCCCCAAGUUCAUCAUUGGAAGUUGACAGUGUUCAAGAUUCUAAGGAAGCUGAGGAAGCCAAGGAAGCCAAGGAAGAUGUAGAGUUCAAGAUCUUGUCUGUGGAAGAGAAUUCUCAACCUUCAAACGAUCAUAAACCGUCAAGUUCUGUGCUAAAUGAGAAUGAGGAAGAAGAUAAAGUUCCUGAUACACCCACUUCAAUGGACAGUUUCCACCAGCUACACAAGAAGCUGCUAUUGCUAGACAGAAAAGAAUCUGGAACCGAAGAGUCAUUGGAUGGGAGCAUCAUAAGCGAGACUGAAGGUGGAGACGGAGCAUUGACAAUUGAGAAAUUGAAGUCGGCGUUGCAAACGGAAAGAAAGGCUUUGAAUGCUUUAUAUGCAGAGCUAGAAGAAGAGAGAAGUGCUUCAGCCAUAGCAGCCAACCAGACAAUGGCAAUGAUAAAUAGGCUUCAAGAGGAGAAAGCAAGUAUGCAAAUGGAGGCUUUGCAGUACCAAAGAAUGAUGGAAGAGCAAUCUGAGUAUGACCAGGAAGCUUUGCAGCUUUUGAACGAGCUUGUGGUGAAAAGGGAAAAAGAAAAGCAAGAGCUCGAGAAAGAGAUCGAAAUUUACCGAAAAAGGCUUCAAGAUUACGAAGCCAAAGAGAGAAUAGCAUCGUUUAGGAACAGGAAAGAUGGGAGUGUUCAAAGUAGGAACUCCUCGAUUUCGUGUAGCAAUGCCGAUGAUAGUGAUGGACUGUCUAUCGAUUUGAACACCGAGGCAAAGAAGGACGAAGAUUUCUUUCCGAACCAAGAAGCGAAUAGUCAAAACACCCCGGCUGAGGCAGUCCUUUAUUUGGAGGAAACAUUAACAAACUUUGAGGAAGAAAGGCUGUCCAUUUUAGAGGAGCUGAAGAUGUUGGAAGAGAAGCUCUUCACCUUGAGUGAUGAAGAACAACAAUUUGAAGACAUUGAACAUUAUUGUGAACAGAAUGGGAAUGGCUACCAUAAGGAUUCGGAUUAUGCCACAGAGACGAAUGGGUUCGGAAACGGUCAUCACGCCAAGGAAAUGAAUGGAAAACAUUAUCCAGAGAGGAGAGCAAUGAGCACAAAGGCCAAAAGACUUCUUCCUCUUUUCGACGACGUUGUCGAUGCAGAUGUCGAAGAUGGCAUGACAAAUGGAGACGAACAAGGGUUCGACUCGGUUUCAAUGCAGAAGUCCCUAGACAACAAAUUUGACACGGAAUUCAGAAGGGUUGCAGUUGAGGAAGAGGUCGAUCAUGUCUACGAGAGAUUACAAGCACUGGAAGCAGAUAGGGAGUUUCUAAAGCACUGCAUUGGCUCCCUAAGAAAAGGAGACAAAGGUCUAGACCUUCUCCAAGAGAUCUUACAGCAUCUCCGCGAUCUAAGGAGCGUCGAUCUGCAGUUGAAGAACAUGGGGGACUCUGUCCUACAAUGAAAAUCCAAACAACAGCAGAAACAGGUAAUUAAAAAGCCUUAUGCCUCCUUGGCUUAUUUCGUUUUAAACUCCAAAGAUGCGUCGUAAUCUCUGUCCAAAAAACAAACUGAAUGAACUUGGUUCACUUGUGUCCAGUCCUUGGUAAAACAUAAUGUGGUCCUUUGGAGUUUUAACAGAUGCAACAACCAACGAUACCGAAACCCGAAACCCGUCAUCAUCGUCAACAAGAUCAGAAAGCCUCCAUAUGGUGGAGCCUCCUGAUAUAACAAAAUGGUGGACUAAACAAAACGGAAGUCUACCAAUUCCACCCCUCUUCUGCUGUCUUAUGAGUCAAAUUUGGCCCAAAUUUUUUGUGGGUUGUGUUCAUGAUCAUCACCUUAUGAGGGAAAGGUGAAUGAAGUUGAAAUUGUGUGUAGGGCAGUGAGGUGUAGCCAGUCUGUCAUUUGUUUUUAUGUUUUUUUGUGAGGCAAAGAACCUGGCUUGCAAAGCUGGAGAGAUCAGAGGCAAAGAUUCCAGUGCCAGGUACAUAUAGCUUUAGUUUUUGUUUAGGCAGUUUAGAUUCAAGGACAAUCCUUUUUCUUUCAUUUUUUCCUUCUUUUAUGGGAAAGGGGGGAGAAAAUGGGUAAAUAACCCAUCUUUUUUCCCUUUCUCCAUCAUUUGCAUCAUUUCAUCAAAUGGGGUUUGCUUUUUUUCUUCUUUCCUUCCUUUACUAUUUGAAGGCCAAAAAAAUGAGUUCCUUGUACACUACAUCUUUCCAUUUGUAAAGUAUAUAAAAGUUGAGUGCUUUGUCUA